UCCUGCUCGACCUCGGCCAAUAAGGAGGAGUUUGUGGAAUAGGCGCAAAAUCCGUUGUGGGUGUGUUUACCUCACGCCCCUGGAGAGAGGAGCUGCUGCAGUAAAGCUAGUUGAUAAAACUGUAAAUGUUUAAUGAAGUGCAAACAGACAAACUGAGCACGCGACUUGUCUUGUAUCGUCGUCAUUCUGUGUCACGAGCAAUGCUGAAGAAACCGUCCGCUGCUGCUUGAACUGAGCUCCACAAGGCUGCUAGCAAGCUAACACUCGCUAGCUCAGCCUCUUCCCAACAACAAUGUCUUGUCUUCCACAAAAUAACUUGAAGGAGCAGCUGGCGAGGCACAGCAAUGCUGCUCAAAGCAAGUUGUCUCUGGCUAAACCCAAACUGGGGGCCUUUUCUUUCAAAAAGAAGUCCUCGUCAGGUACAACCAAGGUGGAAGUCCCAACCAAGGUAAUGCGCUCUGUCUUUGCAAACAGGAAUGUCAAUGUCCCUAAAAACAAUUUGGUGACUAAAUCUCCUUUGACAUUUCCAAACAAGCUUGAGAGACCUCAAAAAUCCCAAAUCAGCAACUUCUUCCCUGUAAGUUCAAAAGGCAAGUCGGACUCCAUCAGCCCAGCAGGUAACUGUGCUCCUGCCGGCCUGACUCCUUCAGCAGCGUCUGCUGUUAAAGUGACGACAGCUCCAACUAAACCUGGCAACCUGUUUGCUGGUGGCAGUGGAGGCGGUUCCACAAGUCUGGAUGCAUCUCUUGAAUUCCCGAUGGAUGACUGGGAUGAUUCUGAUGACUUUGAAUCUCCAGUCAAAAAUUACUCAUUUAGUUCAGAACUAUCUGGGAAGAAAACCAAUCCAGUAUCAUCUUUUAGUAAAGAAAAAACACAACUAUCUGUGAUGCCGCAGUUGAGCAACAGCUUUGCAAACAGGAAUGGUCUUUCCAGAAGUGAACAAUCUUGUAUGGAAACAGACGAAGUGGAGCACAGGGUCUGCAAAGCUGCAGCUUCACCGGGACCUAGUUUGAAUAAGGAACUAGCGGAGUUUGAACGCGAAGUUUCUCCACUGAAAACGACCAGAAGACAUCCUCCUGGUCCUCUGAAGUCCGUCGUGAGUGAUAGUGAAGAGGACAACGAUGAUGUGCUCGAGCCUUUCAAAGGAAUGACAGAUGACAAGAAAAAAUGGAUUAACCCGAAGGUGAUGCAGCUCGAUGACAACUCAGAGCCUGAAGAUGAUCUUGAUUACAUUCCUCCUUCUCCAAUCCCCGAUGAGAUAUCUAAUACUACUUCUGCAUUGGAGACACGAUCUAAAUCAGCCGAUGCUAAAAGCAGAGACAGUCCUGUGCAAUCGAAGGGACCCAUCACCACACUACAUGAAUCCUCUGACAACCACUCAAAAGACAAAACAAAUGAGCAGCUCUUCAGUAUUAUGCAGUCCAUCUGUUCUCUGGUUGAUUCCAUCCCUGAACAUGAAGUCAUAGCUCUGUCCUGUGGAGGUGAGCUUUUGCUGAAGAGGGCUCAAAGGAAGAGGAUUCUUGCAACUGGGAGUUGCAAUUUAUUGAGGAUGCAGCCGCCAGACAGCACUGUGAUUUCUCAAUCCAGCUUUAAAGGAAAAUCUUCUUUUAGCUGUGAGACGUCAAGUGUUAUGUCAUCCAGCAGCUCUGUACCUGUGGACUCCAACAAGCCUCCUCCGAUCAGGAGAUCUUCAGUCAUCUCUGUGGACUAUGACUCUGAUCACUCGGACAGUAUUAUUAACAUGCAGCCCUCGAAUAGCAGGAACAGCGGGACCGAAUAUGUGACAAAUCAGAGUAUCUGUGACUCUCCAUCAACCCACAGCCUAGCAGAGCCAUCUUUCAAUUUCUCUAAGAAAACGAGCACAGACCUGGAUGCUUCAGAUCUCUUCUUCUCACCCAAGAAGCCAGAGACGGUUGUUCAGAACAGAUCUAAUACUCCAGCAGCCGGUAACGCAACAGAAGACGUAGAACUAGAUGACUUUUACACGGACUACUUUGACAUAGAUGACUUUAAUGACGCCGAUGUCCCAGAUUACUUUGACGAACCCCCAAACUCCAGCACCGUGACUACAACAGUGAAAGGAAGGGGAUCAAGCAUGUCUCCGUGGGAGAAGAAGCCAACAACGCCUGCGCCUGCACCCAAGCCUGCAAAGAUCUGCUCUCCUGAACCCACCUUCAGAAACCCAGCCCAUGACCGCUUCAGAGGGUUCAACUUCCCCCACUCGCAGGAGAUGAUGAAGAUUUUUCACAAGCGUUUUGGUCUUCAUCAAUUCAGGUUGAAUCAACUUGAAGCAAUUAAUGCGACGAUUCUGACAGAAGAUACGUUUGUUUUGAUGCCCACGGGUGGGGGUAAAAGCCUGUGCUACCAGCUGCCUGCCUGCGUGUCACCAGGAGUCAGUGUUGUCAUCUCCCCACUCAAAUCUCUCAUCGUAGACCAGAUCCAGAAACUCACUACACUGGAUAUCCCAGCAACAAGCCUCUCUGGUAGUAAGAGUGACAGCGAAGCAGGGAGGAUUUAUAUGCAGCUGUCUAGGAAUGAACCCAUCAUUAAACUUCUCUACGUCACUCCUGAGAAGGUGAGUGCAAGUAACAAGCUGAUCUCCGCCAUGCAGAACCUGUACGAGCGAGGCCUUCUGGCGCGCUUUGUCAUCGAUGAAGCCCAUUGUGUCAGUCAGUGGGGUCACGAUUUCCGUCCGGACUACAAGAGGUUACACGAACUGCGUCAGAAGUUCCCCAACGUGCCGAUGAUCGCCCUCACAGCCACCGCCACCCCCCGCGUUCAGAAAGACAUCCUCAACCAGCUGAAUAUGACACGGCCGCAGGUGUUCACCAUGAGUUUCAACAGAACAAACCUGAAGUACGCUGUCCUGCCCAAGAAACCCAAAAAGGUCGACGAGGACUGCAUCGGCUGGAUCAAGAAGCACUACCCACGUGACUCUGGAAUCAUUUACUGCCUGUCCCGUAAUGACUGUGAUGCUAUGGCCCAAAGUCUGCAGAAGGCCCGGAUAUUAGCUCUGGCGUAUCACGCAGGCCUGAGUGACGGUGACAGAGAAUGUGUGCAGAGCAAGUGGAUCAACCAGGACGGCUGCCAGGUCAUCUGUGCCACCAUAGCUUUCGGCAUGGGCAUUGACAAGCCUGACGUGCGCUACGUGAUCCACGCCAGUCUGCCUAAGUCAGUGGAGGGUUACUACCAGGAGUCUGGGAGAGCUGGCAGAGAUGGAGAGAUCUCUCACUGUAUUCUCUUCUACUCCUAUGCCGACGUCCACCGCAUCAAGAGGAUCAUCGGCAUGGACCGAGAAGGGGACCAACAGACCAAGGCGACUCACUUCAACAACCUGCACAGCAUGGUGCACUUCUGUGAGAACCUGAUGGAGUGCAGAAGAAUUCAGCUGCUCGCAUACUUUGGGGAGUUCAAUUUCAACAAAAGCUUCUGUAAGGAACACGCAGACGUCAGCUGUGACAACUGUGCCAGGCCCAACCAAUACAAGAUGAGAAAUGUCACUGAAGAUGUGAAGAAGAUUGUGAGGUUUGUUCAGGAGAACUGCGAAAAAGUUGGAUCAAGGUUUGGCAGGACUGCACAGCAAAACCGACUGACGCUGAACAUGUUGGUGGAGAUCUUUGUAGGGUCUAAAUCGGCCAAGAUCCAGACAGGAAUGUUUGGGAUGGGAGGAGCCUACUCAAGGCAUAAUGCUGACCGUCUCUUCAAAAAACUGGUUCUGGACAACGCCCUGGAGGAGGAUCUCUACAUCACCAACGGCGGCCAAGCUGUGUCGUACAUCUCUGCUGGACCCAAAGCCGUGAACGUGCUGUCUGGACACAUGCAGGUGGAGUUCUACGAGACCGAGAGUGCGUCUAGCAUCAGGAAACAUAAAGCUGCGGUGGCGAGGAAUGUCUCCCAUAGAGACGAGAAGGUUCAGGAGUGUCUGAAGGAGCUGACCGAUCUCUGCAAGCAGCUGGGGAAAGCAUUUGGCAUCCACUAUUACAACAUCUUCUCUACUGCUACCUUGAAAAAGAUAGCUGAGAAGCUUUCUCCUGACCCCGAAGUCCUCUUACAAAUUGAUGGUGUGACGGAAGACAAACUGGAGAAGUAUGGAGCUGAAGUCAUUCAGGUCCUAGAGAAAUACUCUGAGUGGCAGCUGCCUGAGGAACAGACCGACAACGGUGGAGACGGCUGGAUAGACACGGCACAAGGCCGCUCGUAUGGAGACGACGACCCAGAGUCCUCCACGUACUUCCGUAGUCAGUCUGCGCAGGGACAGAAGAGGAAGAAAGCUCCAUUCUUCAAAUAUUCCAAGAAGAGAAAACCCUACGGCAACGCAAGUGCCAACUCUAAAGGUCGUGGCUACAGCAGCAAUAAAUCGUGGUCAUCGUCCGGCUCCAGAGGUGGAUCCAGUGCUGCAGGCCGGGGGUCCAGCUCGACGGGAGAUGCUUCAGCUAGCAGGAGGCCGGGCUUCAUGUCUGUCCCGACCCCUCAAACCAACCAGAGACCGUUCUUAAAGCCGGCCUUUUCACACUUGGGCUAAGACCGUCUUCUGAUCCGACUUCUAGGAUAGCAAACUGCUUUGUCUCUACACUUUAAAACCAGUUUGUUAGUAUUGGGUUUAAAGUAUUUACCAGUUAGAUCCCAACUGUUUAUUGAAACCUCUACAAUUGUAUAUUUAUGCUCUGUACAGUUGUCUAUUGAUUGUUGCAAACUGUCGCUUUUCGCUGUCCAUUUUGAUGUAAAUCUUUUUUUUAUAUUAAAGGUUAAUUGAAAUUUUUCAGGACACUUUUGUAUUUCUUGCUAAAGAAAAUCAAGCUGUGUGCUGUAUUUGUGUUGUAGCACAAAGCCACAGGGAACCACAUCAUGUUUUUAAUCAGUUUAUUUCAAGUUUGAAUAGUUUUAUUGAAUGGCACCAGUUACAAGGGACUAUUGGAGAGAAACAAUAUGUUAUACUGACUUGUACAGAAGGUUACCGACAGUACAAACAUGGGUUCGGAAUGGAUCAGACUGAGCAAGAACUGGAUUUGGCACAUGGAUUUAUAUAUGUA